AUGAGACAAGAACUUUUAAUAUUGGUUCGUCCCUCACCUAGCUACUUAAGUCCAGGAAUAUCCUUCCUACAAGUAUUCCACUAUCUCCCUCAAAAGUACACACUGAAAUUAAUGGGAUCAGUAGCUCAAUACCUCAGGUUUGACCUCCGCAGAGAUCCAACCCCUUCCGGGUCAAACAGGGCUGAGAGCACCUCAUACCUCUGCCUAAAAUCACUCUCCACUCACUACCGAGUUACCUUAGGCCUGAUGGAGAGACUCCUUGAAAUAUUCAAGCUUUAUCUUGAUCGCCAAUCGUUGAUAAAGAAGGAUGAUGCAGUCUGCUCGCGGUUGAAGCUCGGCGGUGAUGAUUCUUGA